AUGGGAACGAAGGCUAUGAUCCACACCAUUGCAGGUGCUGCUCGUGGCUUUCCUAUCGAAUCCAUUGGAACUCUUCUGGACGAACCUUUCACAGGUGUAGUCUACCUUGCAAGUUCGGGAAUCAAGGACUUUACAAGCCUUCGCGGUAAGCGCGUAGGCUACGUAGGAGAAUUUGGAAAGAUUCAGAUUGAUGAGCUUGCUGCGCAUUUCGGAAUGUCUCAAUCUGACUAUACCGCCGUGCGGGUGGGCAUGAAUGUUGCUGAUGCAAUCAAGCGCGGCGAGAUCGAUGCUGGUAUUGGUCUCGAGAAUGUCCAGAUGGUCGAACUCGAAGAAUGGUGCAAAGAAACUGGCCGUCCCUCGGAUGAAGUCAAAAUGCUGCGCAUUGAUGAGCUCGCUCAGCUCGGCUGCUGUUGCUUUUGCUCUAUCCUGUAUAUCGCCAACAAGCCGUUCUUGGAAAACCACCCCGAGAAGGCCCGUGCGUUUAUGCGUGGAGUAAAGCGUGCUACUGAUUUUGUAACGUCUUUCCCCACAGAAGCGUGGGGUGAAUACAAGCAGUACAAAAAGCAAAUGAAUUCGUCUCUAUGUGACAAAAUGUUUGAGCGUUCUUUCGUUUAUUUGAGCCGAGACUGCUCGAAUGUUCCUCGCGACUGGAACAAGGUUACGAACUACUGCAAGCGCCUCGGUGUCGUCAAGCCUGACUUUGUACCGAACAUGUCUAAUACUUACCUUUCAUGGGAGCGUCUCCCGGACGUGGAUGACCCUAUUGCUAAACAGCGAGUGAUUGCCGAGCACCAGCAAAAUGUGGCCAAGAAUGGUGGUGUUCUUGCGGGUAGCAUACCUGCUAAGUAG